AACCACGAUCACACUUGCGUUUCCUUCUUGUCCUUCAUACCAAGCUCGAAACCAUCACAUCAGGACACAGAGAACCCUCCUUUUGAUAUCGAGGAACACUCUGCUCCCUGACCUACCUUUCCUGGUGUCCACCUCUUGACUGAGAUUGAGUCGCCCCACUAGCAUACAUCACAGCACUACGCAGCUCGCUACCUAUACAGCGAGACGUCCUAUUCUAUCCUCAUCCUACUGCUCAUAACACUGCAGCAUGCCCGUCUCUGCUUCCAAGGCUAAGCGUCAGGCUGACAAGGCCGCCAAGAAGGCCGAGAAGGGAUCCACUACCAAUGGAUCCUCUACCACAAAGACUUCCUCCACCGCUCUCACCACACCAAAUGACAGCGGUGAUGAGGAUGGCGGUGAGCUCGACAUGAAGAAGCUCGCCAUCGCUACCGACAGGAACGCCUCGGGUGUGAUCACUUCGGACGCCCAGAGUCGUGAUAUCCACAUCGACUCCUUCACAAUGUCCUUCCACGGACGUCUGCUGAUCGAUGGAGCCGAGAUCGCUCUCAACUACGGUCAGAGGUACGGUCUGCUGGGUGAGAACGGUUCCGGAAAGACGACUUUCCUGGAAGCGCUUGCACACCGAGACGUAGAGAUCCCUAAGCACGUGGACAUCUACCUGGUCCGUGGAGAGGCUGAGCCUACUGAGAUCAACGCUCUCGACUACAUCAUCAAGUCGGCCCGAGAGAAGGUGGCCCGUCUGGAGAAGGAGAUUGAAGACAUGUCGGUUGCUGACGAGGUUGACGAGCUGGGUCUCGAGCUCAAGUACGAAGAGCUCGAGGACCUGGACCCCUCGACCUUCGAGGCAAAGGCCGGAGCUAUCCUGCACGGUCUUGGUUUCAGCAAGGAGAUGAUGGCCAAGCCCACAAAGGACAUGUCCGGUGGUUGGAGGAUGCGAGUGUCUCUUGCACGAGCACUGUUCAUCAAGCCCCACUUGCUCCUGCUCGAUGAGCCCACCAACCACUUGGACUUGGAAGCCGUCGUGUGGCUGGAGGCCUAUCUGUCCACCUACAACCGUAUUCUCGUCUUCACCUCGCACUCUGCCGACUUCAUGGACACAGUCUGCACAUACAUUCUGGACCUGACCCCUCAGAAGAAGUUCUUGACAUACGGUGGUAACUACUCCACUUAUGUCCGAACCAAGACGGAGAACGAGACGAACCAGAUGAAGGCAUACGCCAAGCAGCAAGAAGAAAUCCAGCACAUCAAGAAGUUCAUCGCCUCUGCCGGUACAUACGCCAACUUGGUCAAGCAGGCCAAGAGUAAGCAGAAGAUCAUAGACAAGAUGGAGGCUGCUGGUCUCAUUGAGCCCGUCAGUCAACCCAAGGCUCUGCGCUUCAACUUCGAGGACGUGCGUAAGCUCCCCCCGCCCAUUAUUGCAUUCAAUGACGUUGGAUUCUCAUACUCUGGCGAUAAGAAGGACUUCCUUUACAAGGACCUGUCCUUUGGUAUCGACAUGGACUCUCGUAUCGCAGUAGUGGGCCAGAACGGUACCGGAAAGUCGACUCUGCUAAACCUGAUCACAGGAGCUUUGAUGCCAGUGGCUGGAUCAGUGCAACGCCAUGCCGGUCUGAAGAUUGGAAAGUACUCUCAGCACUCGGCCGACCAGCUGCCAUACGACAAGUCGCCCAUUGAGUACAUGCAGUCCAAGUUCAUGGAGAAGCAUCCAGGCAAGGACAUCCAGUUCUGGAGGGGUCAGAUUGGCCGAUUCGGUCUCACUGGUGCCCACCAGACUUCGGCAAUCAAGACUCUCAGUGAUGGUCUGAGGAACCGAGUCGUCUUUGCUGCCCUCGCCGUGGAAGCUCCCGAUAUCCUGCUGCUCGACGAGCCUACCAACCACUUGGACAUGGGCUCCAUCGAUGCCCUGGCUUUGGCCAUCAAGGAGUUCACGGGAGGAGUGGUGAUCGUAUCCCACGACUUCCGACUGAUCUCACAAGUAGCCGAGUCCCUCUGGGAGGUCAAGGACAAGAAGAUCAUCGAUCUGAGCAAGCAGGAGGUGACGAUUGAGAACUACAAGAAGAUGCUGCAGAAGAAUUCCGAGGCUGCCAUUGAGAGGGCGAAGCUGAUGAAGUAGUCGGCGAAGGAGGAGAAGUGAUUCGCAGCAUUGGCAUUGUAUCUCUAUAGGCAGGAGACUGGGAGGUGGAGGGAUGAUUCAUAGAAGUGUUUCCUGUUUUCUCUUCUCUCUUUUGUUUCCGGCUCUUGGUUGUGUGCACACAAUUACCAUCCUUUCAUCCACGUCCACAUGCACACG